GAUUAUGGAGGCAUCUGCUUAUAGCUGGUCUCCAGCGUCCGCUGCGGAAUACAUGCCAGACGCUUCAUCUCCCUCACACUCGACUCGCAAAUCUCGGAAGCAAUUGCACAAGCAUAACAAGCACUCGACACGCGCUUCGCCAACACUUAAAACGACUAGCUGCAGGACAGCAGUUACCCCGAACACAAACGUGUACACCAAAACAGACUCGACGCCAUGAAUCCGACACUUUCAAGAGUUGUCCUGUUCAACGAAGAGGAUUCGUUUCACCGUAUGGAGCAUUUCAACUCUAGCGAUGUACGGGGUCCGGAUCUCACUUUUCCAAUCCACCCGCUCUUCCAGACAAUUGAGGGAACAAAGGACGAUGAAUAUCGAUAUCCUGUCACGGCCUGUCGAUUGGCAUCCUUGCUGCUGGAAAAGGCUUUACCCUUUUUCCAUUCCAUUCUCGUGGUAGGCGACUCUGUCGUAAACUGUAACAAUGGUACACUCAAGCACAUUUGUCCCGAACCAAAAGCUUCGCUAACCAUUGUCGAGCAGCAGAUGACACGCGCCAAGUUGAAUGAACUUGCCACUGGUGUUCGCAUCAUCCCUAGUCCACCGGACAAGAGCAAUGUGGACGCAUUGUGCGAUCCACAGAGCCUCGUCACAUUUCGGCAGCUGCCCGGCCCGGGUAGUGUCAUUCUUCUCAACGUCGACAGGCUCGAUGACAUUAUGGAAGCGGAAGACGAUGGACACUUUGUCGCCAUGCUUUGGUCUACGAUAGUUCUAGCCACCACUCUCGUCCACGAGCUGGUCCACGCGGCAGUGUACAGCAUGCACACAUGUCGCUGCACCGGCAUAUUCGUCGGAGGAUCGCAAACCUCGGAAAAUGGCUUCGAUCCAGAGACCUUUCUAUUCGGUGGUAUUCUAAAUCGGUUCGGAGUAGCGGAUGACCUGCCUUGCUACUUUAUCGAUGAAGAACCAAGCUCUUUCCUGGGCAUGAUCUGUUGCGAAGAGUAUCCAAACUUCACCAGAAUGAAUAAUCUUGCACCGGGGAUUCAAGCAAGGUUCCGAGGCCCUCCGCUCGCUGACACCUAUGUCUAUUGGAGUACGCCUUUCCCUUGGGUCCAUGACCUGUUGCAGCAAAGCUUCUGGGACAAUGCACUAACAGGUGGUAACAACGCGUUGCAUCCGCCACGGACUUCUGGGGUGAUCAUGGCAGAAAGUGCAGAUCCAGCGGUCAAAGCGCAACAGCAGCAAAUUCGUGCUAUACAGCUCAUGGCAAGUGGUGAGUACGAGGUCAACGAGCGUGGCAUUAUUUCCCUGAGCUCAGCCGCUACUGAACCAGAAGACGAUGACAGUGAACGGAUCACGACCUCGUCUGAAGGAGAAGAAGAAGAGCAACAGGAGUAAGAGAUCCGAUGGCAGCUGACUCAAACACAACCAUCUUCUUCGAGCUUAGGCCUCAGAUAAGCCGGACAGGAUCACCUACCAAAGGCUAGCGUCCAUUAUCAGAAGCGCAACG